AGAGAGUGGAAAAGCGUCUGACCCCACCGAGAGCAGAAAGUGUGUCUAUGUAUCUGACAGGCGUAACUUAUUUUGCCACAGCAUUAGUAUUUAAACUUUGAUAAGUGUGUGAAUGAUAGCAGCAGCAGCCACCUUUGGUUUUGUAAAUGGUGCUUUGUCACCGGUCCAUUCAGUAGUUCAGCAUCGUCAGCCUUUUUCCGUCCUGUGGCUAUGGGAAACAAAAGAGCACACUGCCUUUCUGUGAGAUAAUGAGGCUGAACAUAACACGCAAGGCUAAUGAAACUCUUCAUUCACUAGAGGUACAAGAGGCUGACUUUUUACGACAUUUCUGUGUUCUUAUCAGAUAAAAAUACUGCACUUUUCAAAGCUUCCAGGACUUAAUAAUGCAGUUUAGGGAUGGACCAUCUGAUGUGGAAAACACCUGCCAUCACUUAUCUGCAAAUUGACGUCAGACAUCAGAUAUAACUGCUUCGAGCUGAGCAUCAGGCUGACCUUUAAUGUUUUAGGAGGGGAUCUGUGUAUCUAUGUGCCAUUACCGUUGAAUGAGUGACAUGUCUGGGACCGAAGCAUUGAUUUGUUCAGCACAUGGUGAACUCACAGACUCUGAUCCUGAAGACAAAGAGGAACUGACAGCGAUGGUGUGUCUGGAGACAGACCUUCAAGAUGGACAGAUGAAGGAAGUUGACAUUGGACAUCAUAGUGUGCUUUUAACACGCUGCAAUGGCAAAUAUGGUGCCAUUGGAAACCAGUGCACACACUACGGUGCUCCACUCAGCAAAGGGGUUAUUUCAGGACAAAAAGUGCGCUGCCCUUGGCAUGGCUCCUGUUUUAAUGCACUUACAGGAGACCUGGAGGAGUUUCCUGGCAUAGACUCUUUACCUUGUCACAAGGUCAAAAUUCACAACAACAAAGUGUAUGUGUCCAUAAAUAAAAAGGACCUCAGGCAUCAGAAAAGACUGCAACGUAUGGGAACUGCUGUACCUGGAGUGAAUCGCACAAUUCUGCUGCUAGGAGGAGGAGCUGCAUCACUGAUCUGUGCCGAGACUCUGCGGCAGGAGAACUUUGGUGGCAGAAUCAUCAUGGUCUCUAGAGACGAUCUCUUACCCUAUGACAAAACCCGACUCAGCAAGGUAAUGAAUGUGUUGAGUGACACUAUUGUGCUGAGGAGGAUGGAGUUUUUCCAUCAGUACGGCAUUGAGGUGUGGCUUCAGAAAGAAGCAGUGUCGGUGGACACAGAGAAGAAGACGGUCACUUUUGAUAACGGUUUAGUCCAGAGCUACGACCAGCUGCUUCUUUCAACUGGCUGCAGAGCAAAGGUUCUGGACGUGCCGGGUACAAACCUGAGCAAUAUCAAGAUGUUGGAGACUCCAGAGGACGCCCGACAAAUCCAUGCUGCCUGUUUGGGGUCCAAUGUUGUCCUUGUGGGAACGUCCUUUGUCGGUAUGGAGGUCGCAUCUUACAUGAUAGACAAAGCGUCCACCAUCACAGUGGUCGGGAGCAGUGAGAUGCCAUACCAAAACACUCUGGGCCGCGAGGUCGGGAAAAUCACCAUGAUGAUGCUGUUGGAGAAAGGUGUGAGAUUCUACAUGAAUGAUCAAGUGAUGGAGAUCAAAGGUGUUAAUGGACAGGUGAAAGAGGUUGUGCUAAAAAGUGGCAAUGUUAUCACAGCUGAUGUUUUGAUUGUGGGUAUUGGCAGCAUCCCCAACUCGGAGUACCUGCAAGGCACUAAAAUAAAGAUGAACUCCAAAAAUUUUGUCGUUGUUGACAAGUUCAUGCGAACAAAUGUCCCUGAUGUAUUCUGUGCGGGUGACCUGGCCUCCUUCCCUCUGGCAGUAGCCAAAAACCAGUUAGUCAACAUUGGACACUGGCAGAUGGCACAAGCACAAGGGAGAAUAGCUGCUCUGAACAUGCUGAAAAAAACAACUGAACUCACCUCAGUUCCUUAUUACUGGACCGUCCUACUAAGUAGAACCAUCAGAUAUGCAGGUUAUGGGGAAGGAUACACUGAGCUAAUAAUGAAAGGAAACUAUGAGUUUGAGGAGAGGAAGUUCCUGGCCCUGUACAUCAAGAAUGAUGAGGUCAUAGCAGCGGUGGGCCUGAAUUAUGAUCCUGUUGUGUCCGCUGUGGCCGAGAGGCUCCUAUCAGGGGAAGUCAUCACAAAGAAAGAGGCUCAAUCAGAUAAUCCCAGUUGGCUUCAGGUUUCCUGAUCUUCAUCAAACUGUCCAUGCUCACCCAACCACUAAAUCUUCUGUCCGCUGCAUGGUUCCAAUGAAGGACAAGCAUUCUGGAGACUAAAAUAUCAGAUGACUUCACAGGUGGUACAUGGUUCUAUGUUCUGGUGCUGGAAAACUCUUCACAAUGCAGUCAUCUAGCAGCGAGUCCACCACAACUGAUACCUCAAAUGGAUGCAGCUUUGGGACUUUUUUAGUCCUUUUUAAUUUAUUUCAUACAAGUAGUUAUUUAGAUUUAAGGAACCAAGUUAGAUUUAUUUUUUGUUAUCCUUUGUAUUGUACUUCCCAGUUUAGACAAAAUUUUUUAUUAUUUUUCAAUUAAUCAUAUGCAAGUUGUUGAGAAUUGGCCUAUUUAAAAAGACUCUUGGCAAAUACAACAAAUAAAUUUCCUUUAACAUGUUAAGAUAAAAAACAAUGAAGGUGGGGAUGCACAGUCAUCAUAAGAAUUCCUGUAAAGCAGCUUCAAAUGUAAAACACAAAUAUCACAGCUUCAGAUUACAUUGUCAGUAAUUCCAUGUAUUUUCAACCCAAUAGAUCAGAAAAGAUUUUCUCUCUGAGGGGAAACAAGUAGCCUUUUUAAGGUUAAUAAUAAUAGGAUUCAAUGCUGAUUUGUCAUGAUUGCAACAUAUUUUUCUGUCAUCAGUGGAAAAGUAAACAAUGUGUUUUUGACAGUGAAAGUUUUGUCUUUGUGUUCAUCACAUGAAAAUACUGUCAGGUGUUGCACUGCUGUCUGUU